AUGGGAAACCACACACAAGCGAUAGUGUUUAUCCUGGCAGGUUUGACUGAUGACCCACAAUUGAAAGUUGUGUUAUUUGUCUUUCUGCUUCUCACCUACUUGUUGAGUGUCACUGGCAAUCUGACCAUCAUCACACUUACCCUGGUGGAUAUUCACCUCAAGACCCCCAUGUAUUUUUUCCUUCGGAAUUUUUCCUUCCUAGAAAUUUCUUAUACUACUACAUGCAUCCCUAAAUUGUUGGUUACUAUGGCAACUGGAGACAAAACCAUUUCCUUUAAUUGUUGUGCAACUCAAGUGUUUUUUGCCUUCCUUCUUGGUGCAUCUGAAUUUUACUUGCUGGCUGCUAUGUCCUAUGACCGCUAUGUUGCCAUCUGUAAGCCUCUGCAUUACACAACCAUCAUGAACAGUAAAGUCUGCAUUCAACUUCUCUUCUGUUGUUGGCUUGCUGGAUUCUUUACCAUCUUUGUACCUCUCCUCCUUGGUGUAAAUCUUGACUUUUGUGCCUCCAAAAUUAUUGACCAUUUCUACUGUGAUACAACUCCCCUCAUGCAGAUCUCCUGCUCAGACACACAGCUCAUUGAAACCAUGGGAUUCAUUUCUGCGUCAAUGACACUCGUGGUCACGUUGGUAAUGGUGAUAAUAUCAUACACCUUUAUUGUGUUAACAAUUCUAAAAUUCCCUUCAACUAAUCAGAAGAAAAAAGCUUUUUCAACAUGUUCUUCUCACAUGAUUGUGAUAUCCCUUUCUUAUGGCAGCUGCAUCUUCAUGUAUGUUAAACCAUCAGUCAAACAAAGAAUAUCUUUUUCCAAGGGAAUUGCAGUGCUCAACACUUCCGUGGCUCCACUUUUGAAUCCUUUCAUCUAUACUUUGCGGAACCAGCAGGUGAAAAAAGCCUUCUUGAACAUGAUACACAAGAUCGUUUCCUUCUCAAGCAAAUGA